UCGGUCACGAAGAAGGGGGUCAAUAAUAAUAACGGACCAAUAUGGCGGCAAAACAUUUCCCUUAAAAAGUGAAAUGUUACUUUAAAAUUACGUAUGUACUUAAGUUGUAAUUCAUUACAUUUUCAUGCGAGAAUGUCCAUAUUAAACCGAGAAAGUUCUUCAGUGUCUAUGACAGUAUAUUCGGUGAAGUAACGUUAAAGAUAAGAUAAGCUGACAACGGAAAUAAACGUUAGCUAGCUUAUUGUUAGUUAACCACAGUUAUUUAUUUAGAGCCACUGGAAACACGUUAGCUAGCUGGUUAACACUUCUGAAUAUGUGGGGUGAAAUUGUACCUGCCGUUAAAACACAACCGAGUCCGUGUGAGAGUGAAGGCAGGAGCAAAUUACCAGAAGAACCGGUGACACGGUCCCAGAGAUGUGACUUUAACAGCCCCACAGACACCGAGCAGCCGCUGCAAGACACCCCGCACGUGGGCCAGGCAGAGUCCAGUUAUGUUACCGCCAUGAUAAACGCCAUAGCCUCGAGUGGAAGCCUAGUGAAGAGCCAGCAGAUAGGGGAGGCUGAACUGACCCCAGAGCAGCGCAGAGAGGAGCUACUGCAUCAGUACAGGAGCAGACCACUGGUUUUCCUGGAGAGGUACCAUGCCUGUAUGAAGCCCCAGCACUUGUCAGUGUUUGCCCACGUCAGCUCAGACCCACGAGCCCAACACUACAGCAAGGUGAUACAGAGACGAGCUGCGGGAUGUACCAACAGGACCAGGGUCCGAAACCAGCGCUAUGCUGCCCUCAGAGCUCUGCAGAAGGAGGGUCAGUAUUUCAGUGAAGAACAGAUGCGAAUCAGGGAGCCGCUGCUGUAUGAACAGUAUAUUGGCCAAUACCUGACUGAUGAGGAGGUGCUGGAGCGCUCCCAGGAGGCCAUGUUGGAUGAUGAACAGGGGGGACCAGAGACCCCAGCGGGAGGUAAAGGAGGGCUCGCCCAUCUCCUCCUCAACUCCUACCAGGAGCGUCUCAUCCAGAAUCGUCUGCAGGAGGAGCAGGAAAGAGAGGAGGGCGCACAGGAGGAGGACGAGGAUGAGGAAGACGAUGAUAAUAUAGUCCAGGGGAAGGACAGGGAGCCUACCCCUGAAGAGAAGGCUCUGCUCAGGGAGGAGUUCAUCAGUCAGAUGCACCAGCGCUUCCUAGAUGGAAAAGACAAAGAUUUCAACUACAGUGAGGUGGAUGAGAACCCAGACUAUGACAACUUGGACAUUGUCAGCAGAGACGCUGAGGAUAAGUACUUUGAUGAAGAUGAUGAGGAAGAGGAUGAUGAGGUGGAAAAGGAGGACGAGGAAGAUGAUAUGACAGAAUAGCAGCUGUAGUAUUGUUUAAAUUCUCUGAUUGAACUGUAAAUAAAACAAAAAACCGUACAAAAUACGGAGAUGUAUUCUAUUUUUCAAUGUAACACCUGAAUGCAAAUGCAGCUGGUAAUAAAUAUUGCUUGUGGACCUUUUGCAAUUCGAGAAAUUCAUUGGCAG